ACAGGCGCGUGUAACCUUGUGCUACUCGGCUGUAGUGUUGUCAUAUCAGCUGUGAAAACGGUGUUAAAAUCAUUUUUGAUGCUAUAUUUAACCGUCAGCGUUAUUUUAGAGUCAUGAGCAGAUAUAUUUUACCGGUUUCUGUUUUUGGGACAGUGUUUGGAGCUGCAGUUUUACUGAAGAACCAUGUGACUGGAGGCCGGUGUCCCAGUAAGGCUACCAUUAAUGGGAAGACUGUGGUUAUAACAGGAGCCAACACAGGCAUCGGGAAGGAGACUGCUAGAGAACUGGCCAAGAGAGGGGGUCGGAUCAUUAUGGGGUGUCGUGACAUGGAGAAGUGCGAGGCAGCUGCGAAAGAGAUUCGAGGGAAGACACUGAAUCCUAACGUUUACGCGUGUCACCUCGACCUGGCUUCUGUGAAAUCCAUCCGAGAGUUUGCAGAGAGAAUCAGACAAGAAGAGAGGCAAGUGGACGUACUGAUAAAUAAUGCAGGAGUCAUGAGAUGUCCCGCAGGGAAGACAGAGGAUGGCUUCGACAUGCAGUUUGGAGUUAACCACUUAGGCCACUUCUUGUUGACAAAUCUUCUGCUUGAUAAGUUGAAAGAGUCCGCCCCCAGCAGAGUGAUCAACCUGGCCUCACUCGCCCACAUCGUUGGAAAGAUUGACUUCGAGGACCUGAACUGGGAGAAGAAGAAGUUUGAUACCAAGCAGGCGUAUUGUCAGAGCAAGCUUGCCAAUGUUCUGUUCACCAGAGAGCUCGCCAAGCGAUUACAAGGCACAGGAGUCACGGUGAAUGCUGUGCACCCAGGCGUUGUUGCCACGGAGCUCGGGAGGCACACGGGUCUGCACCAAUCGCAGUUCUCGAGCUCUGUGCUCAGUCCCUUUUUCUCCCUGUUGGUUAAGAGCCCAGAGCUGGGGGCCCAGCCCAGCGUCUACCUGGCAGUGUCUGAGGAGAUGGAGGGGGUGACGGGAAGGUACUAUGAUGUGAUGACAGAGAAGGAACCGGCGCCCCAGGCCCUGGAUGAGGAGGCAGCUCGCAGGCUGUGGGAGGUCAGCAGCAGGCUGGUGGGUCUGGAGGAGGAAGGACAGUCUGGCAACACAAACCCACCAACAGAGGUCCAGAGCAAAGCUGCAGAGACUCUCCCAGCACAGAGACAAGGACAGAGCCCAGGACCAGUUGUCAGUGCUGUGGGGCUGUAGGGCCACUCUGGCCUCUGGGCCAGCAGGGAAUAAUGGACCUUUAUGGCUUUAGCUGUGCCAGGCUUGUUGGAACAAUUAACCGUCUGAGGCUGUGAGUCUGGUCGUCUGUGUAAAGGCAGGCUUUUGUUCAUGCCUUUAUGUUCCUGCAUCAGGAUAUUUUCUGUAAAACAUGUCAACCUUUGACGGCGGACUCUGACUCGUUUUUUUUAGGUAAGACGGGAGCAUUUUAAAGGAAGUAUAGCACUUAAAGUUGAAUUUAGAAACAAACACUCUCUUACUCACUUUAAUACACUCAGGGGUUUACGACCUAACUCUGCGCGGGGUGCGGUGACAUCAGAUAAGCUUCGUCAUCAUUCAGGGAUGAUUCAGCAUUGACAUUCAGUGACGUUUUAGCAGAGGUGUGGACUCGAGUCACCUGACUUGGACUUGAGUCACUACUUACUACUUCAUAUACGUGAAUUGUAAAAGAUAUGUCUGUUAAUUAGUAAAUUUUUUGUUUUUAUUCAUUUAUUUAUUUUUUUAGGUAUAUCCUGAGACCAGAGGCUUGGAGGUGGGUUUAAAGGAAACACUUAGACAUUUGCUCUUUGGUAACAUGGAUGCAGAAUUUUUUUUUUCAGAAGUCAGACUGUUUCUGGCUUCAUGUACCACUGAGCAACUGUCAUAGGAAUGAAAAUAGGCCCACCCUUCAACGCUGUAUCCAGCUCCUUUACACAUCUCUUGGUUUAUAUAUGUGAUAGAUACCAAGUAAAAUCGAAACAACUGCCUGAAAAUCCAUGACGAUAAGUAGCUGGCAGCCUCCAACCAUUACACAUUGUAAUUUUAAACAGUGCUGAAGAGAACACUGCUUUACGCUAACACUAAUGUUAACGUUAGCAGCAAUAGAUAUUGCUGCGUGACUGAAUUAGUGAGUGUAUGUUUCAUUGACUCCUCUUCUUGCACUCCUGUUGAACAAGGUUUAGCAUCACAUAUUCUCACUUUAAAUUAUUUAUAUUAAUUCAGAAACAUUGGAAAAAUUAUAUGAACUGCUAUAAUACAGUGCUUACAAGGACAAAAGACUAUUUAGAUGUAUACAGUAUGUGGAGUUGAAACUGAAGGAGCUCAGAGAAACAUCUCACCUGAAAAUAAUAGAUAAUAAAUAGUAAGGAUGACGACCCAAAAAGCCACUGAAAUUAAAAAUAUCAGCCAUAAAACAUGAAUAUUUGAACUUUAAUUAACCUGGAAAUCAAAAUCUUACCAUUCUUUUGUUGUUUUUAUGCUUGCUCGAACAUUUCACCCCUAAAAUCUGAUCACACAGAUGCACAGACAGUGUUUCACAUGCUUAAUGAUUUCAAGCAUGUCUUAGUAAUUUGAAGCAUGAGGGAGGCAUUCUUACUUAUUGUAAGUGUAGGACUACAUUGACAGCCCUGCAUGUGUUUUUAUCAUUGUGGGUUCAAGUAGUAAAACACUGACAGAUAGCGCCAUCUGGCUGCGAGCAUCAAAACAGACUGUUGGAGUUUCCUGCUGACCAUUUAUCCAGGUGUGCAGUUGUGUUUCAGAUGUUUUAAUGAUUUCUUCAUCUUGGAGUCUUUGAUUUGGACUGUUUGAAUCUGGAGUCAGCUUGCAGACUCUUGGAAUUGCCUGAUUUUUAUCCAUCACAGAAACAUUAUCUGCCUUUUUUAAAAAUCAAAUUUGUGUAAUGUUGCAUGGUGAUUCAGUUUGCAUUAGACUGCAAUGCACUGCAAAUCAGACAGACAAUGUAAAUUCAUUUUCUUGAUAAACUGUAAGGAUUUGCAUCCUAGAUUAUACAAGAACAAUGAAAGCCAAUAGUAAGAAAGUAGAAAAACACACUCAACACAUAAAACUGCUUUGAAUAAAAACCAAACGCUGGAUCCACCCUGUUAAAACUA